GCUGACACUGGACCUUACAAACAUCUUUCGCCUCCUCUCCCCAGAAGGGUUCUGUUGCUCUUUCAAUCCGGAUGGCGGCAACUGAGAUAAAUACGCGGAUUACCGCUUUUGUAAUUGUAGCUGUCAACGAUGAUCGAUCAAGACAAGCAGGGUUCACAUCUGGAGUAGUCUUUCAAUCCGUUAGAUUGGAGACAGGCGCUCGGAGGCCCCCAAUGUCAUACUCAAUCUUAUUCAUUCGAAAACUGAACGCAUGCAGAACAACAUCAUCUCUAACAUAUCAAAUCAAUUCCUAAACUCCCACGUAUUGCCGUCGUCGGAGAUAAAGCACAAAGAAGCCGCCGCCAGCAUCCGAAAUUCCCUCUUCCUGUGUAAGCCUCUGGAAUGGGCAGGGUGGUUUCAAUCUACCAUGGAUUUUCAUUGUCCAUGGAACAACAUAUUCAAUUGGACUUCAAGUUUGGAGAUUCAAGAAGUUUGUAGGAUUCAGGGAUUUCGUUUAUGGAGUGGGGAUAGAAAAUUGAAAGAUUUCAGUUUUUACUGGAAUAGAAAGUGAUCCUUUUACUUUUGUUUCUAUUUUGUUUUGACUUGCAGAACUCUUCACUUUGCUGUAAGGAUAUCUCAAAUGGAGGAGUUGUCAAGUCGACUUACAUUAGCCCUCUAUCUCUCUCAGUUUAGUGCGUGGAGAUUUCCAAUUCAUACAUGAUAUUUAAUGCUUACAACAAUUGACUGAAGUUUAUUGACG